GACGCUGAGAGCCUAUUAUCCAAUUAGCAGCGUUAAAGAAAGGGUCGUCCUUGACACUGCAAUUUCCCAAUUAGAGAGGAACACGUGAAUUUGCUCCCCUACUUAGAGCCAUGUAAACGGGGCGUUCGUGUCUUCACAGAAAAAAGGCAACAGUCUGUGUGUAAAAAUCUGUGUAUGAAAAAAAGCGAAGCAUGCACGCCUUGGUGAACGCCUUCAUGCGCUGCCUCUCCUUCCUCUUGCCUCCCUCUUGGCUUUGUGUCAGCUUUUGCUUGUGGGCUGGGAAUGAGUGCGAGGAGACGCUGCCGCGGCCCAAUCCCAGAGCUCGUUUCAAAAGCAGAAAGCCUCUUACAUAUGAGGAAGUAGCAGCACUAGCAGCAGCAGCAGCAGUAGAAGCCCAAGGAGGCUCCAGCCCGUCGGUCUCACCAGGUCCAGGCUGCGUCUCGCUGGCUGCUACAAGCCCCUCUGCUCUUCAGGGCCCUCCAUCGGGUCGGAUCUGGAUCGGGGGUCUCUGGCGAGCCGUGGAGCGCGUCUUUGGAGCCCCUUGGGUCCUUCUCCGCCAUCACUGGUGCCCGAAGAAGCGUCGAGCAGCUUUACGCACCCCGUAUCCUGUCUGUGCCUUCGAGUCGAGCAAGAUUAAAAGCUUCCAGGGAGGCGCUGCUGCUCCUGCUGCUGCUGCUACACGAGCCGUGGACGGGAAGGGAGCGGGUGGAAGCACCUUGACUUGUUCGAGGAACAUGAGCGGGUCCGUGGGGAGCCCCAACCCGAGCCCAGCGGAGUGCGUCUUAGAAGCGUCAGCGGAGCACGGCAUCGAUGAGGUAAUCACCGUGGAUCAGCACACGCAGGAGAUGGGCACGGUGACGAUAACAGUGGCCAUUCAAGCGGCGGAGGAGGACGACGAGCCCGAGGAAGUGUCAUCCAAUAAUAUUGACUUCCUCGGAGGCAGCUGUAGUGAAGACGAACUCGGAAGACAUGACAAAUCAAGUGGUGCCGGGACCAGCGGAGGGGAGUUGGAGGAGGAGAGCUGGCAGCCCCCAGAUUCAGAGCUCAUCCAAAAGUUGGUUGCUCAGAUCGAGUACUACCUGUCCGAUGUGAACCUGGAGCAUGAUGCCUUCCUGCUCAAACAUGUCAGGCGCAACAAACUGGGAUUUGUCAGCGUCAAGUUGCUCACUUCGUUCAAAAAGGUGAAACACUUGACCCGUGACUGGAGAACGACUGCUUAUGCUCUGAGACACUCAAAGCUACUUGAGCUGAACGAUGAGGGGCGUAAGGUGCGGCGUAAAUCCGCAGUGCCAGUCUUUGCCAGCGAGUCGUUGCCUAGCCGCAUGCUGCUGUUAAGUGAUUUACAGAGGUGGCCGGAGCUGGCAGCUCUCACCAAGGAUAAUGGAGGCAGUGAGGGAGGAGCCACUCAGCAGGAGCAGCUGAUGAAGCUGUUGCUGAAGGAGUUCGGAGCAUACGGCGCCAUCGCCUCUGUCAGAGUCCUGAAGCUUGGGAAGGACCUGCCGGCUGACCUGAAGAGGCUGAGCGGCCGCUACACUCAACUAGGCACUGAGGAGUGCGCCAUCGUGGAGUUUGAGGAGGUGGAGGCUGCUGUUAAAGCGAAUGAAGCUGUGGGGAGCGAGGAUGGAGGAGCCGGUUCGCUGGGGUUGAAAGUAGUCCUGAUUGGCACCAAGCCACCCAAGAAGAAGGUGCCCAAGGAACGACCACGUGAGGAAGGAGGGAUGCGUAAAAGUCGUUCACUCAACAGUAGGGUACGAGAGCUUCAGUAUCACGGGGAUGACUCGGCCUGCAGCUCCUCUGAGACUGAGAGCACCCCCACAUCCCCUAGGCUGGCCAGAAAGUCCCUGUCCUGCAACAAGCUCAGCCCCACCACUGCAGGCAUCAACUUCCAGAACAAUCACCUCAGUCCUGGUAUGUCCCCACGCAACAGUCCCUGGUCUAGCCCCCGUGCCAGCCCCUGUCCUCAGCGCAAAUCUCCUCAUUCCCACAAAUCUCCCUUGGCAAGCGAGGGCAGACUGAGCCCUGAGCCUGGGCGCCGCUGGGCAGACUACUCCUCAGACAGUAGCCUCACCCCUUCAGGGAGCCCGUGGGUACAGCGGCGCAAGCAGGUGGCGUCUCAGGAGAGCAGUCCGGUGGGCAGCCCGAUGCUGGGUAGAAAGAUCCAGAACGCCGAUGGUCUGCCGCCUGGUGUAAUGAGGCUGCCAAGGGGUCCCGAUGGAACCCGUGGCUUUCACUGUGUCUCUGUUAGCGAGAGGGGAAAGACUGCUGCCACUCAGACUUGAUAUGUGCAGCAUCCUUACUCAUUCCCCAGAAGUCAAAGUAUAUAUUGGAAAAAUAUGAGCUGUUCUUGGCCAUGUCGCUCAGCCCCCACCCUACAUUUGAGACUGUGUAGAUAUAUUUUUGUUGAGUGCAUCAGUUUUCAGUCUUUGUUAUAUUUUUAUACGACGUUUUGAGUUACCAUGGUAACAUUAGUGAUUUACUAAUGGAAAUUUGAGUGAAUGUAAAUUGAUAUUGCUUUGAAAAGGACCAUGUCAUCUCCAUUGCUGUCUAAACAUGUUCUACAUGGGGUGGAGAGGGAAUUCCAUUUUUUUUUUUUUUUUUUUUUUAAUUGAAAAGUGUCCUGUCUUGUGUGUAAAAGCUCACAACAUUGUCUGUGGAUGGUGUGUAAAUGUGUAAGUGGUGUAAGUGGCAUAGGCACAUGGACUUGAUAGAGAUAUCACCAUAUGCCUUUUCUGUAUUUGUCUACUGUGAGUUCCUUUUUUUUUUUUUUUUUUUUUUUUUUUACUACAUGCUAUUUAAACUGAGGCCAUAAUUGCUCCGCUGCCAUAACGGUUGGACAGUUAAAUCUGGACAUGAUAUUUUUUAGUUUUUUAUUUCACCUUUUUUAAUUUCAGUAAUUUCAGUAAGCUUUGGCACUUAGUUGGGAAGGGUCUUUGUCUAGCCCACAUUUGUUUGGCAAAUAGCUGCUUUAUUUAAUUUUUUAGCUUUAUUUUUUAUGUUUCUUCUUGGCAUCUGUUUCCAUCAGUUUAAAAAGCUCACAGUGAGGUUUGAGGGAUGUUCGGGUCAGACAGAAAAAAAAAUGCUCUCAUGUUCUUGCCUUUACAUCUGAGCUGGGGUAUUUGUACAGUGCGAUUCCUAUAUUGUACAAAUAAAUCACUGAAAUUGCAAUUGA